AUGUACGCCUUCCACUCAGCCAAGGACUCUCCCACGCGCUACACCCCCCACGUCCUCCCCUGCCGCAUUCAUCACGACGGCCCGAUCGAGUCCACCGAGCGCUUCUGGACUCCCCGGCCCGAGGAGGACGGCACCCAAACAGCCCAUUUCCGCGGGCGCAGACUCCGCGGUCGACGCGUGCCGCUGCCUGAUGGAUAUCGCGGGGUGAUUGCAACACCGACCGACCGAGUGAUGGCGUCGGCGACGCAACGACCCGAUCACCACGACGCCGAGGCGGAGGACCCCAACGCGGAACCAGAGCAGCCGGUCAAAAUCCUGGAGACGAGGGGGACUUUCGCGAACUUGAUGGUCUGGGGCCAUGAGAUGGCGCCGGCGGCGGACGAUGCGUAUGUGAAGGGCGUGCAGGAGUGGCUGCAGUUGGCCGAAACGAUCCUCGAAAUGCCUCCAUCCGACCUCACAAAAGUGGCCCCCGAGGCGCUGAUCCCCCAGUUCCAGGUGGACAAAUUACUCAAACAAGAGGUCCUACAAGCCUUCCACGCAGCCAUUGGCCAAGUCAAGAACCUAGGCGACAACGACAUCUACCGGUGGUACCUGGCCUCCUCCUCCUCCUCCUCCUCCUCCUCCUCUUCCUUCGAACCUCAGCCCGACCUCAAAAUCAACCUCAUCUGGCCAUGCACCAAUUCCCACAUCAAGAAAUACUCCGACCAGCAGCUGCGCAUGGUUACCGAGACCCCAGCCAUCUACCGCGACCACGUCCACCCCUACAUGCGCGCGAAGCGAGAGGAAGGCCGACUGAACUGGGUAUUCAAUAUCCUGGAAGGCCGGACUGAACAGGAGGAUGUCAUCAUGCGCGAUACAGGCCAUGGUCCCGAGGACGCGUUUCUCAUGCUGCCGGACCUGAACUGGGAUCGCAAGACGCUGGGCUCCCUGCACCUGCUGGCGUUGGUGCACCGGCGUGAUAUCUGGAGCUUGCGGGAUUUGAAAAAGAGCCAUGUGCCCUGGCUCCGGUAUCUGCGGCAGCGGGUGUUGGAGGCGACGGUGAAGAUGUAUCCCGGACUGGAGGCGGAUCAGCUGAAGCUCUACGUGCACUGUGAGUGUCUGUUGGAAAUCCCGUCUCGCGGGCCUUAUUUAUUAACUGACGUGACAGAUCAACCAACCUACUACCAUUUCCAUAUCCAUGUUGUGAAUGUCAUGUUGGAGGCCGGGGCGACCCAAGCGACCGGCAAGGCGUUUGGCCUGGAGAAUCUGAUUUCGCAACUGGAGACGAUGGCAGGCGAUGAUGAGGCCAGUAUGGCGGAGGUGAGCCUGACGUAUUAUCUGGGGGAAGCCAGUGAGCUAUGGACGGAGGUUUUUGCGCCGUUGAAGAAUAAUGGGUAG